UUCCUCCCCUGUCUCUUCUCUCUGGGAGGAAAAAAAGUUGAAGCAGCCCGUACGGACAUGGAGUCCCCGUCGUCGCCGGCGCCAGCGACGCCACCGGCCACCGGAGAUGAUUGUUUCGCAAUGAAAAAGUGGCAAUUUAAACUGCGGAAACCUUCCCCGGCCAUUCAUCCAGCGCGACGAUGGCGUGUCGUUCAAUCCACCGAGCCGCAACGGCGCAUGCGUGAUCGUGAUGCUGCGAUCAUGUCAGCAGCGCAUCGGUUGCAUGCACAUGAGCCGUCGCGCUGUAGUGGGUCCCUAAACAAGACGAUGUGCACACAAGAUGUCGAGCAGACUGUCCAGAACUGUGAUUGGAUCAGUACAUUGCCAGAUGACAUUUUAGUCAAAAUUCUUUCCUUACUGACAGUAAGCGAUGCUGCAAUGACCGACUGUCUUUCCUCUAGAUGGAGACACCUCUGGAAAAACGUUGACUGUCUCAUCCUUGACCUCUAUAGUCUCAGGAUGCCAGAGUCAGAAAUCUGUGAUUACCAUCAAAAACCAUGUCUGCGGAAAGCUCAAGUAAAAAAGUUUGUUCGCAAAACGAAUGGGCUUUUGCGCAAUCAUUAUGGCAAUAAAAUCAAGGAAUUCACUGUCAGAUUCCCAUUAACCUCAGCCAAUGCUUCUGAGCUGGACCACUGGAUUCGGUUUGCAGCUUCAGCCUCUACGGAAAAGCUCUGCCUUGACCUUUAUGAGAAGAAUCGCUCAAGUUGCCUUGACCUUUCCCGUAAUGAGCCGUAUAACUUCAUAUUAUCACCAUUUUCUGAUGGGAGAGGUUGCCGGUUGAGCGAGUUGACUCUAUCCAACUGCACUGUACGAACAACACCUGCAAAUCUCAGUGGCUUUGCUUGUCUCCAUUUCCUUGAACUCAGUCGUGUGAAAAUAGCUGAUGCAGCUGUUUCGAAUAUUAUUUCCAACUGUUGUGCUCUCAAAAGCUUGAUUCUAGCGUUCUGCCAUCAAUUGAUUCAUUUGACGGCUACUUGUUCACAAUUGCUGAAGUUGGAUGUCGACUUCUGCGAUGGCUUAAUUAGUGUUUGUAUUCAUGCUGACAAACUUGGCGUUCAUGUACAAGGGACACAAGAUAAAUAUUGAGUACAAAUAUGCACCAUUUCUUGAUACACUCCGUGUUCAUUUCACAAAGAAGAAUCAAUGCCCUCUAGACUUCAUAAGUGCGCUUCCUAAGCUUCCUAAGCUGGAAACGUUGAUCUUGCAAUUUUCUGGGCCUGUACAAGUAUCCCGUGCGCUGCGGCACACUUUCAGGUUUGCUAAUUUCAAGAUGAUCGUCUUCUUUCUGGUGAAAUCUUGGAAAGAGUGCAUUUGCUCGCUUGCGUAUCUCCUUAAAGCAGCUCCAUCACUCGAAUACUUCGGGGUGCAUGGGUUUUCCAAGCUGAAGGAACAACCUAGUGAGCUCAACGUGACAUGGCCCGAGGAUCUGACUUUCGCGAGGCUCCACAUUAUCGUGAUCAAAGGGUUUAGCGGGGAACCGGAACUGAUGGAGCUCCUCUACUUUCUGCUGAGAAGGGCGCCCGCCCUGGAGAGCUUGCAACUCGAGACGCGUGCAUAUGAGCCAUUUGUCUUCAGGAAGGAGAAGCACAAGUCGGAAGACGAAGAAAGGUGCCGUUACGCUACCGAGAUGGCCUCGACCCACCUGGCUCCUAAGGUUCCGUCCACCGUGGCGUUCAGCAUCACCUGACCCUUCCGUGCUCGCUGAAAAAGGCCGCGGCUGCUGCAGGUCAUCAGCGAACGACGAAGGUUGUAGGAACUCCCAGUUACAUGUGCCCUGAACUUAUUGCUGAUAGUCCGUAUGGCUCCAAGUCAGACAUAUGUUUGCUAGGCAAGCAUUCCUAUCUAACAUUCAGUUGCAUGUCUUGCUCGCUUGUUCUCUUGGCUAAAAAUCUGCAAUUUUCAGGCUGCUUCAUCUAUGAGAUGACUUCGCUGAAGCAUGCAUUCAAAGUAUUUGGAAGUAGCUAUGUUGACAUGCUCUUUAAGUUAGAGCUCCUUCUUUCCAGCAAAAAUAUAAAAGAAAAAAAAUACAGCUCCUUUCAUCAAAACUUGCAUCUUAGAUGAUGUUUUUUCCUAACAGAAUAUGUAAACACUGGUAAACAAGAUAAAUGAGUCUGUUGCCGCUCCUCACGCCACCCACCGGCCACCACCUCAUCAUGAUGCCAGGUGAGGACAUCGACCAAGUGCAGCGGCGGAGCCAGACGAGACAGCUCAAUGUGUUGGGGUUUAGCAAGGUGCGGACAUUAACUAAUUAAAAAAAGAUUGUAAUAUACUCUGAUCCUACUGUCGAAACUACUUUCACUGAAAGAGAUAUAUCGUGGGGCGAAACAUUAAACUGGAAUUAAUUACCUUCGGAUGGUUGCAUAAUUUCUGAAGGGCAGUAAUAUAUGCCAAAACUUUAGUACU